UCUGAGCAGCGCGCCGGAUGGCGGGCGUUCUCGGGGGCGGGGCCGAGGCGGCUGCGGGCAAUGAAGGCACCGGCGCAGGAUCUGAAAAUGGAGUGCGACAUCCUGGACGCGCUGGAGGCUCUGGGGUACAAAGGCCCUCUUUUGGAUGAAGAUGCCCUUAAUAAAGCAGCUGAGAGUGGUCUGGCUUCACAAGACUUCUGCGAUCUUUGUGUUUGGUUAAGUUCCCAAAUACAGCCGUUGUGUGACUUGGAAGAAAGCAUCUCCUCAACAGCUGGUGGUGAAGACGUUGAAAGUUUACAGCUUGAGAUGAGUGGCUUUUUAAAAGAGCUGGCUUGUCCAUAUUCAUCACUUGUAUCUGGAGAAAUUAAAGAGCGGUUAAAAAAGAAAGAAGAUUGUCUUAAAGUCCUAUUAUUUUUAAGCACAGAACUUCAGGCUUUGCAGAUACUGAAAUUGAAAGAACGUAAAAGUUCUCAUUUGACGAAGAAUAAUGACAUCCACCAAGAAAUCCAAAUGAUCUGCGAUGUCCUGGGUCUACCAAAGUCAUCACCUUCAUCAUCUGAUAUUCCGGUCUUAUUAAGCAAUAUAGAGUCAAAGGUUAAGGACAUUUUAUCAAAAAUUCCAAACACUUAUGUGGGCAAAUCUCUGCUUAAAACUCCUUUGAAUUCAGAUCAAAUGGGAAGGUUGGAAAAAAUAAACGAGAUUCUUCUCAGUGAAUAUGAAUGCCGUCGUCGUAUGUUAAUGAAGCGCUUAGACGUAACUGUACAGUCCUUUGGUUGGUCCGAUAGAGCAAAGGUGAAAACAGAUGAUAUUGCAAGGAUUUAUCAACCCAAACGUUAUGGACUCUCUCCUAAAUCAACUAUUUCAUUAGCCCAUCUUCUAGCAGCUCGUGAAGACUUGUCGAAGAUCAUAAGAACAAGCAGCGGAUCGUCACGAGAAAAGACCAUUUGCUCAAUCAACAAGGUCUUGAUGGGAAGAGUACCAGAUCGUGGAGGCAGACCAACAGAAAUUGACCCACCACCACCUGAAAUGCCCCCUUGGCAGAAGAGACAAGAUGGUGGUGGUAGAGGUGGAAGAGGAGGAGGUCGAGGAGGAGGGGGUGUGGGGGGAGGGGGUGGUGGUAGAGGAGGAGGAGGGGGUGGAGGUUGGAGAGGAGGAGGAGGAGGAGGAGGGGGUUUUCAAGGGAGGGGAGGAGGCUACGGUGGGAGAGGUGGGUAUGGCGAGUCAUAUGGUGGAAGGGGAGGGGGAGGAGGCUACAGGAGAUACUGAUACCACUAAAUGUUAACUGACACAAACUGUUCAUUGGGAGUCUGGGAUAAAUUGUAGCUGACUUUGCCACAUGAUGUUUGAAUUAUGUUGGUCAUGCUUUUUUGAAAAUUACAAUAUUCGGUUCCCUAUAAAUCACUUUGCUCAUGAUAGCUUUCCUCCACAUGCGACUUCCUUUUAUGAGCUUGCAUGUACGUGUGUGCAUUUGUCAGAAGUGAUGAUCUAUAUGUGGUCUAAAACCAUGGUUAGCAGGGAGUUCCUGUGUGCAGCGUCUGUGAGAGACUGUGAGCCCAGAGAACAUGCAAGGUUUUCUGUAUAGAAGUGAUAUCUAUGUAGAAAAUGUUCCAUGUGCGCAGUGGCCUUAUAUGUUUCAAGUGUAAAAAAACGGUUAAAGAAGCAAUUGGGUUUUUAGACUCUGAGAUCUGGAUUUUUAUGUAAUAUGAGAAGCUUUGGAAACAUGAGCAUUAACAAAAUAAAACAGAAUAUAAAAUUAAAAUUGAUUUUCUUUGUAAGUUUUCAAAUUGCAGUGAUUCCCUCAAACGUGGGAAGCAUUGUAUAUUAGAUUUGGCAUCCAAUUUCUUCAAAACAUUUAUGAAAAAUGUAGAAAUGUAAUGUUAUCUGAUUCAAAAUUAAAACUCCAGGAGGUUUCCAUGAAAAUGCUGGGGGGAUGCGAGUCUGUAUAUAUAUAUUUUUUUUGCAGUGACGAUAAUUGGAGGUCUGCAUUUUUUGGUUGGCCUGUGAUUGCCAGGCUAUUUCUGCUUGCCAGCUGGCUGGCUGUCAGCAAGCAAACACCUUCUCCCAACAGCAAAAAAAAAAGAUUGCUCCUUUCCUGUAGGAAACACUGGAGGAAAGUAUUCCAGCUUCACCUGAUGCAUGGCCAAGUCUCUUCAGCUCCUCACUUCUCUUUCCUGUGAGAAAGAAAGGGGGAUAGUGCAAGCUUCUGCUGCCCACCACUGAGCAGCGGCUGCAGGUAGCUCCCCCCCCCUUCUCUUCUCUCCAAGAGGUGAGGCCUCUUGCUCCAAACUUUCCUCCUAACCUUGUAGCCGAGGAGGAGUCGGGGGAGCACAGCAAAACUGCUGGGAGGAUACCCACCAACUCUUACUGCUUCUAAGUUGAAAGGAAGGGUUUACUUGAUGUGGUGAGCAUAAUUGCCAAUACCAUAACCAAUAUGGAAAAGACAGGACUUCCAUAAAAUUGACCUAUACCGUGAACUUACAAUAAAGCUAACUGGUUCCCAGUGUGUUCUACCAGAGUUGGCUGUAGAGAAGGAAGGAAAAAAUGUGUGCGCAUGCGCCUGGAAAUGUUAUCCUCCGACCUGAUAUCAUUCUUACACCCUCCUUGCUUCCUGAUAAGUAAGCACGGGGGCUGGAAAUAUUUGACAAAGCUAACCACUAGAGCAAGCAGAAGAAUAGGACAGCGGAACCUCGGUUUUCGAGCAUCUUGGGAACCGAACGAUUCGUAAGCCGAACGCCGAAAACCCAGAAGUAAUUGCUUCCGUUUUCAAACGCGCCUCAGAAGUCGAACGGCUUCUGAGGCGCGUUUCUCCGUUUUUUCAAUGGGUUUUGCCCACCGCCCAUUGAUCCUUGGUUUUUGGAUAUUUCAGAAGUCGAACAGUCUUCCGGAAUGGGUUACGUUCAAAAACCGAGGUUCCACUGUACCUCAGUUGGGGCCUCUUUCCUGCAUUUCUUUCCCUGGGAGAAAAACGAGUUUUUGUCCUUCUUCCUUGUAUACAGAGUUAUGUACACACAUAUCCUAAGCUCAUUCUAGCUGUUAGAUGGUACAGAGUUGGUGUUUUUAGUUAGCUGUAUAUGGAGACGAAGUUACACAACUAUUCCCAGCUAGAAGGAAAAAAAGCGAAGGGUGGAAUAUUACAAAUAUUUUCUCUGCCCAAGCAUGAUCAGCUUGCCAGAUGGAGACACCCCCUCUCCUCCCCUACAUGCUGUUCUGGGGUUCUGUGAGCCAGAGGUUGGGGAAAGCCUGAAAGUCUUUUAACAGGGCUUCCCUUGACAGCAUUCAUUAAGUAAAUUCCACCCUAAGACAUCUACCCUGUUUUUUUUUAAAAUAUAAACUUUUUUUAAAAAAACAUUCCUUACCCUUUGCAAAUCACAAUAUAUUUCAAAACGGUAAAAUACUGGCAGUUUUGAUCCCUAUACAGGUGUGUCUUAUCAACCUAAAAAAAAUGCAAUAAAUUAAACUUGCUUGAUUUUUUAACGUUUCUAUAAAUCAGUUUUUUGUAUGUUUUAAACCUGAACUGUAUUUUGUGAAACACAUUUUCUGUAAAUAGUUUUGUGUUGAGAGCAAUUCCAUUUAUGUUUGAACACUUUCCUUUUAAAAAUGCUUGUGGACAUAGUGAAAACCUUGUGCUUUUUGACAACCAACUGGAGAGUAUUUUGUGUUUAAGAAAUAGGUUGUUUACACCUGUGAGCACUGAGAAAUAAAGUACUGUAAAGCUGU